AUGAUGCUCCGUAAAUGUCUUCCGCUCCUGCAUGUUGUGAUGCGGAGUUCCUUGAUUCAGUCGUCCGUGGAGCUCCAUCGUCUGCUGGAUACGAUGAACCAUUCAUCGGCCGACGCAUCUCACAAGCUCAAGCUUUUCCUCCAGAAGGAUCUCAUUCCCCUCCUGGAAGGGACGUCCCUCGAUUCUAAACACGAUAUGAAGGAAAUGCAGCAAAAGGCUUGCCAAAUUCUGCAGAAAGCCGCCUUUUCGGCUCAGCUGCUGCAGGCAAGUCCGGAGAAGCGUUUCGUACGCACGCUUCUUGAUUGCAUCCUCCACGACCACGAGCGCAUGCACUUUCUACACCGCAUGACCUCUGCCCAGGCUAGUAAAAUUAUCGCGAGUUUGUGCAGUGUGGGCGUCAGAGAUCGCUCUGUCUACGCCGUACUUAUCCCUAAACUUGAUUUCCAUAGUCUGGAAGAAAUCGCAAGCGUGAUGUUCGCCUUUGUAGAAUCCGGGCUCCACGACCUCACAAUCCGCUCGAUCGUGCCACUUUACCGUAAUGAAAAGUGGACUUUGUCGUUUGAGUCUCGCCAGGGCGAUCGAACAGCCUCGCGCGACGCGAAAGCGGGCGAUCUUUGCAACGUCUUCGAAGCUGUGCGUGUUUUGAGGGCGCUUUCGACGUCUAUACGGGCCAUGUUGUAUUCCAAACGGUCGACGCUUCCUGUUGCUUCAGAUGCAGCCCCUUCGCGCUCGCCUUCAGGGGGUGAUGAGGAUCUUCCUUAUGUGGCUAUUAACAAGAUCCGAAAUAGAAUUUGCCUCUUUAUUCUUGAGAACGACUCGGUCAUGCGUGGAGCGCAUUGGAUUAACUUUGUUCGAGCGCUGGUUAAUUUCCCGAAGGAAUAUCAAGUGCUAGACGGUCUAAAAGAGGACCCACAGUUCACUAGAGUUAUAGGCAAAUUUGCGUCCGAUAUCGCGAGGGAUCAAGCAGUGGAAAGUGCCGGCGAGUGCGCAGGGGGUAGGAUCCUGGAAAACGGCCCAGCUACGGGAUAUGAUCUGGCGUUGAUCGGGAUGGCUAGAAUUUUCGAUUUCGCCGAAGGAAAACGAAGUGGCUAUGGCGAUAAAGCCACCCUAGGAAAGGAAAGGGCUUCCUUUGAUAAAAAUAGUUCGGGCCGCGCGAUAGUCGAGAAUAUACCCUUUGAUUGUGGGCUGUUGGAUUUGAUCAAACUGCUCCCACUGCUUAGUCAAGUGCCUAGUGCUAAACCUAAACAGGAAUCACGCUUUCGUAUAGUUCUACAAACCUUGCAGAACCAUGCGACCAGGUUUCAUUUUGGCGAUUUUGUCAGGCUGUUGAAUGUGCUUCGCACUUUGGGCACAACUUUCAAUACGAAAGAUGCGAUUCGUGAAAUUAUUCACGAAGCCGAGAGGAAAUUAGUGGCUAUUAGCACGCAGAAGAGAGAAGUUGCUCGAAUUCCUGCCGCGUCCGUCCUUUCCUUCGCCACCAUCCUCUGUGAGCUUCAUAUCAAAGAGUGUUAUGGAUUUGUGCAGUUUAUAACGCAAGCGGCGCCCAUACUCCCAGCUCGAAUGAGCCCAGAUGAAGUGUCUACAUGCCUCAGCGCCAUUGCCCUUAACGCAAAAGAUUCGUCGGAGAUGACCAAAUCGAUUGUGCGAAUACUUUUGGGAAAAUUACGAAAACAUUUGAACGCACGGGGUGGCGAGGCAAACGGCUCGUCCUCCUCUCUCCCCAUACUUCUCGUGGAGUAUCCCACUCAGUGCGUUAGUAUCCUGCACGCGAUGACGCUCUUAGAGGUCCUGCCCGAGGAGAAGGAGCUCCGCUACUUUCUAGCGAGCCCAUCCGACGAGGGGCUGUCGACGGUGGGGAUGACCUCCACUUUGCGAAAUGCCGGGGCCGUCGUACUUUUGGAUUUCUCCCGCGCCAUCGCAAACCUCGGUCGGAUCGCGGUAAGCCGGGAGAAAGGCGAAUUGGUGGCGCGGCUGUGGCGCCUUGGUGUUCUCCACACGCUGCUGCCGCUGCUCACACAGCAUACCGAGGAGCUCGCUGAUCGCAAUCGGGGGGCGAUUGCAAGGAGCUCCUCCUCUACCCCUAUUGCGUGGUCUAACGCGAUGAAAACGGUCUUCUUCUACAUGGACUUCAAGGUGGACACCGUCACUUUCGAGAUGAUGGCGACGCGACUGGGUGAGGUGUAUGCCGCCACAAAAAAGUUGGCGGUGCAGAUUUUACGCUGUGCGGAGGCGGAACUUUCCAGCUCUCGCUAUGGGACCUCGCACCACUCGGCAGAGGAGAACCAGAGGUCCGGUCAAGUUUCUCUUUCCCCUAGUGUGAUGGUGCACAUGUUAACGUACAUGUUGAUAUGGGAGUUUAUGUUAUUCGAGGGAUCAUGGUCUGCAAAGCAGCGGCUCCUCGUUCCUGAUGUGCCAGGUGCGGAUAAAGAUGUGGCAGAUAGGUUAUUGGAACUGAAGGAGGAAUAUAUCAAGUUUCUCGAUGCUCCAUUAUCUGAAAAUUCAAUCGAGGUGAAGAAGACCCCAAUGGAAAUAAUACAGCGUGUUUUUGGCAUUACGACGACUGGAAUUAGCGAAACCCCACCGAUUGAGGGGGUCCCAUUGUUGACGAAGUCUCAUAUCUUAGACCUCACUAAUAAUCUACCAUUUGUCAUCUCAUUAGCACUAAAUCCUGGCCCUAUCAACGAAUUUUUCAGCGAGCACAGUGGAUCUCUAAUCGUCAAUGAAUACAAAGAAAGAGACUAA